AUGGCUGACUGUAUGAACGUCGACGUACCAGUGGUGGGUACACCGGAUACGAAGAAGGGCCAAAAAUACUAUCAACGAUUCGUGUCGCUGUCAGACGUUCGUUCACGAUCACAGGGCACCCUUUGCAAGUUCACGCAAGAGGUUCGCGUUGUCUCAGAGAGACCGCUACGCCGCCCACGUCGUCGCCGAUUACCGGGAGGUAUACGUGAAAGGCGGCACGGACGCAAAUCCUGCAAUACGGUAGUCAGUAGGCGGUAUGGCCUACCAACAGGCGCAUACAGGUAUACGCAAGCUCUUUGUCGGACGGAGGUGGAGUACGGGUUAUAUUGGCGCCACCUCCUGCACGGUUAA